AUGGACGACAGAAUAUCCGAAUUGCCAAUACCUAUACGUCACCACAUUCUCUGUUUCCUCUCCCAAAAAGAAGCUGUGAGAACUUGUCUACUCUCCAGACAAUGGCGCCACGUAGGAUCAACCCGCCCCAACCUCGAAUUUUUCGAAGAAUGGUUCGACAACACACAAGAAAAGUUUGUCACGUUCGUCGAUCGAACACUACAAGGAUACCGUGAUCAGAAUCUCUCCAUACACAAACUCCAUCUCGAUUUAUUGAGGCCCGACUCACUACCGGCCAUCUCCCUUCUCGACAAAUGGAUCCCGAUAAUAGCCGCCCUCAACAUAAAAGCGUUCAAACUCAACUUUUUUUCAUAUACUCCAGCGUUUUACGACCUGCCUUCAGCAAUCUUGGCAGCCGGAUCUCUCGAAGAACUACACCUGCGCAAAUCCAGGCUGAGCCCGGUCGAGAGCUUGCGGUUCAAAUGUUUGCGCACACUCACCCUCGAAGAGGUCCAAGUUGAUGGUGGGACAUUCGAGAAGAUAACUUCGGGUUGCCCUUUGCUGAGGAGCCUGGUCCUUAGUUUUUGCGAGGGGAUCGAAAGGCGUAGCAUCGAAAUCGAUGUCCCGAAUAUCGAGACAGUCUCCAUCGUGGGGGGCCAAUGGAUUUGGUCUCACCGCCAAAGCGAAUUCUUGUUCUCUCGUCUGACGAGUUUGAGUCUCUAUGGUGUGUUCCUAUCGAGCGAGUCGUUCGACCUGUUAUCCUUCGGCUGCCCGACACUUGCGAGCUUGGCACUACUUAAUUGCUCUGGUUUUGAGGAAUUCCAUCUCGCAAGUGAUUCGGUCAAGUACUUGAGCAUCUGGGCCACAAAAAUAUUGCUUAAAGGAGUUACGAUAUGUGCCCCGAACAUUGUCAGAUUUAAUUUAACUGCCCCUAUUUCCCAGGCACUGGACGUAUUCUCUCUUGUCACUACUUCCAAGAAGUGGUACUCAAAUGUAACCCUCUCUUCAGGUGAGGAUGAUCCCGAUUUCAAUGUCAAUUCGUGGUUCCUUAAGCUGAGAGGUUUGCUCAAGGCACUAAGCGGGUCUCAAAUUUCUCUAAUUUUGCAUAUGGACGGCGGCCCUCAGGGCGUGCCCUGUAGUGCUUUUCUAGGUGAUGAGCCGCCUGUGGUGGUGCGGAGCUUGAAUUUUUCUACUCGUAAAUGUCGCAACGCGUCUUGGUAUAUGGGGUUUACGAAUGGAUUGUUUCGUGUUUGUCGGCCGAGUCACGUAUGGAGUGAUAGCCUCGUGAGCGGAUCGUACAUUUACUACAGGCUCUCGGAGUUUCAGUUAAUCUUGCUUGCUAACAAGAGCCUCAGGACCGAGCCCUACUUUUGGCAGCACGAUUUGGAGCAAGUGCAAGUCGAUGGGCAGCUCGUGCGGUACACAAACUUGUCGCAAUUGCGAAACAGGACAUAUGAUGGGAUAGUGUGCCUUGAGUUGAAAUGGAGAGGUCAGACUUCUCGGAAUUGCGAGACAGGACGUAUGACGGGACAUAGUACUGUGCUCGCUUGCUUUUCUAUUUACUCUAUAUGGCUCCUGCUUUUAAUCGUGUUAUUUAUCUGGAGCUGGUGA